UAUUGAUUGACCCAGUGGCUGCUCGCCGGGCCUCAUGGCUACAGGAGGCCAUGUUCCUGACAUAGAUGUGUUGAUCAAUCUACAGCAGGUGAAGGUGGAGGAGGAAGACGAGGAGGGAUCUGCAGAGGAGCAGGAGGAAGAUGAGGAGGAGGCGCAGUGGGAGAAAGCCCUGUCUGUGGAGCGCUUCGGAGACAUCAUCAGCGAGUCCGCCGCCGCCAGCGGAGACCGGAUGGGCCGACACUACACCGAGAAGGACUUCGAGUAUCACCGGCACACAUUCCACCACACGCACCACCCGCUGUCCACCCACCUGCCCGCGCCGCAGCGCCUGCGCAAGAGGGCGCACAGCGCCGAGCGGCGGCGCAGGAAGAAGCGGAAGAAAAAAAAGACCUCGCUGCCGCCCUCGGACGUCACGCCCACCAUCCAGGAGGUAGACGAGGAGGAGGCGGAGUCUGAGGCGGAGGCGGCGGGGGUGGCGGCCACGCCCACCGAGACCCCCGACCUCCAACCACAGUUUAGUUUGGGGAGCCAAGAGGACUUGGAGGACCCCCGUCCGAUCGCCACCGUCCACCUGGAAGACGAAGAGCACCCGCUGUCCAAGAGGGCGGCGCCCUCGCUGGCGAAAGGAGCUCAUAACGGAGAAAUCACCGUCAUUGGACACAGCGAGGAGGCGGAUGAUGGAGAGGAAGCAGCGUGUAACAGUGUUCCUGCAGGAUCAGAGGCUUCGGGCUCCGCCUCGGCCCGGGCCUGGUUCCGCAGGAAGCCCGUCCACCACCGCCUGCAGGGCGCCCAGCGGAGCAACUACGACCUGCGGGAGCGCAUCUGCAUCGGCAGCAUGACGGCGCUGGAGACCGCCGUCUACCAGCAGGUGCCCACCGACGAGGCCGAGGCCCAGAUGUUGGCCAGCGCCGAUCUGGACGACAUGAAAAGUCACAGGUUCGAGGACAACCCCGGGGUGCGGCGCCAUCUGGUGAAGAAGUCAUCUCGAUGUCAGGUGACUCGGACCAGCAACAGUUCCACGCCGCUGUCGAGCCUGAAGAAGAAGAAGAGGGCGGCGGACAAGAAAACACACGAGUUGUUUGUGGAGCUGAACGAGCUGAUCGUGGAGAAGGACCAUGAAAUGCGCUGGAAGGAGCGGGCUCGCUGGAUCAAGUUCGAAGAGGAUGUGGAGGAGGAAACGGACCGCUGGGGGAAACCUCACGUGGCCUCGCUCACCUUCCGCAGCCUGCUGGAGCUUCGGCGAACCAUCACACAAGGGGCCAUCCUUUUGGACCUGGAGCAGAAUUCUCUGCCGGGCAUCGCCCACCUGGUGGUGGAGACCAUGAUCAUCUCAGAUCAGAUCAGAGCCGAGGACAGACCCAGCGUUCUCCGAGCUCUGCUUCUCAAACACAGCCACCCGAGCGACCUGAAACACCGUUUUCACCGUCACCAUUCAACCAGCAGUCUCCACGGCAGCUUCAACCACAACCACGCCCCGGACACCAGCCAGCCGCUGGUGUCCGAGGAGCAGGAGGAGCACCAGGACGGGAAGCAGGGCGUGUACGACCCCAAGCAAGACGUGUUCGUCAGCCUGUUUAAAUCCCUCCACCCUCUGCCUCCCGAGAGCCUUCCAGCUACGGCCAGAUCUCUCAAGCUCCUCGCCAAGAUCCCCAAAGACGCUGAGGCCGUCAUUGUUUUAGUCGGCUGUGUCGAGUUCCUGGAGCAGCCGGCGAUGGCCUUCGUCAGGCUGAGCGAGGCCGUCCUCCUGGAGUCGGUCCUCGAGGUCCCCGUUCCCGUCCGCUUCCUCUUCGUCCUGCUCGGCCCGAGUCAGUCCAACGUGGACUAUCACGAGAUCGGACGCUCCUUCUCCACGCUCAUGUCCGACAAGAACUUCCAUGAGGUGGCCUACUUUGCCGAUGACAGGCAGGACCUCCUGAACGGCAUCAAUGAGUUUUUGGACUGCAGCAUCGUCAUUCCACCGUCCGACGUGGAGGGCAAAGACCUCCUGAAGACGGUGGCCGACUUCCAGAAGCAGAUGCUGCGCAAGAGGAAGGAGCGAGAGUUCAAGAGACACCAGUCCAUGUCUGGCAUGGAGCUGGACAACAAAGAGGUGAGUCCUGAGGAGGAGGAGGAGGGAGACCAGGAGGUGGACCCACUGAAGCGCUCAGGGAUCCCGUUCGGAGGCCUGAUCCACGACAUCCGCCGGCGUUACCCACAAUACAUCAGCGACCUGAAAGAUGCCGUGGACAUGCAGUGCAUCGCCGCCGUCAUCUUCAUCUACUUUGCAGCGCUCUCGCCCACGAUCACCUUUGGAGGCCUGCUGGGAGAGAAAACGGAGGGCAUGAUGGGAGUGACGGAGCUCAUUGUUUCAACUGCGACUCUGGGAGUGAUCUUCUCCCUGCUGGGCGGUCAGCCUCUUCUCAUCAUCGGCUUCUCGGGACCCUUGCUAGUGUUUGAAGAAGCCUUCUACAAGUUCUGUCAGGUCCACAACUUCGAGUACCUGACGGGUCGGGUGUGGAUCGGCUUCUGGCUCAUCUUCAUCGUGCUGGUGAUCGUGGCGGCGGAGGGGAGCUUCCUCGUCCGCUACAUCUCGCCUUUCACCCAGGAGAUUUUUGCCUUCCUCAUCUCGCUCAUCUUCAUCUACGAGACCUUCUCCAAGCUCAUCAAGGUGUUUCAGGAACAUCCGCUGAUGGCGAUCUACCCCACCGAUGCCACCCCGUCGGCCGGGUUCCAAAAUUUUGACGGUCCCGUGUUUAACCAGCCGAACACUGCUCUCCUGUCGCUGGUGCUCAUGAUGGGCACUUUCUUUGUGGCGUUCUUUCUCAGGAAGUUCCGAAACAGCCGCUUUUUAGGUGGCAAGGCCAGAAGGAUUAUUGGGGACUUUGGAAUCCCCAUCUCCAUCUUGGUGUCUGUGCUGGUGGACUACUCCAUCACCGACACCUACACACAGAAAUUAAACGUGCCAUCUGGCUUUUCCGUCACGUCUCCUGAGAAGAGAGGCUGGUUCAUCAGUCCGUUCGGGGACAAGCAGCCUUUUCCCACCUGGAUGAUGGGGGCGUCUGUCGUCCCCGCGCUUCUGGUCUUCAUCCUCAUUUUCAUGGAAACCCAAAUCACUUCACUGAUAGUCAGUAAGAAGGAGCGCCGCCUGGUCAAAGGUUCGGGUUUCCACCUCGACCUCCUGCUCAUCGUCAUCCUCGGCGCCGUCUGCCCCCUGUUCGGCCUGCCGUGGCUGACCGCCGCCACCGUGCGCUCCGUCACCCACGUCAACGCCCUCACCGUCAUGAGCAAGGCCACGGCUCCCGGCGAGAAGCCCAUGAUCCAGGAGGUGAAGGAGCAGAGGCUGACGGGGCUUCUGGUGGCCGUGCUCGUCGGCAUGUCCAUCGUGAUGACCGACGUGCUCCGCCUCAUCCCGCUCGCCGUCCUCUUCGGCAUCUUCCUGUACAUGGGGGUCACCUCGCUGACCGGCAUCCAGCUGUACGAGCGCAUCACGCUCAUGGUGACGCCCGCCAAGCACCACCCCGACCACAUCUACGUCACCAAGGUGAAGACAUGGCGCAUGAACAUGUUCACCAUCAUCCAGCUGCUGUGCAUCGUGGCGCUGUGGGUGGUGAAGUCCACCGUGGCGUCGCUGGCGUUCCCCUUCGUGCUCAUCAUGACGGUGCCGCUGCGCCGCGUCAUCCUCUCCCGGAUGUUCACCGAGCGCGAGCUGCAAGCGCUGGACUGUGACGAGGAUUCACCGAACUUCGACGAAGACGGACGAGACGAGUACAACGAGAUCCACAUGCUGGUGUAGAUCCGAGGCCGCCGGGUCGCCUCCACCCUCCCCCGAUCAGAACGGACAGAUCCUCCGUGUGUGUGU